AGGCAGUUACUGCCAGUAAUAUCCGCUAUAUAUGUUUCGUGUUAGCGCCACACUAGUUUUUCACUGGGAACAAGUCGCCGAUGAUGUUUGGGCCAGUGAUCUUUCUUCUGUAUUUGCCAGCAAUAUGUUUUUCAUUUGCUCUGUUUCCCAAUGCUGGCCACGAGACACAGCGUCGUCAGAAUCCUGGGGAGAAUAUGGUGAACGUGUCCUCCAGUCAAGGAGAAGAGGAUUCUUGCAUGGAGCUGUUCAGCCCCUGCAUUCAUAACCUCCGCCAUAUGUUUUCCGUGCAUGGUCCAAAAGACAUCGUUGUUGAUGGGAGACUUGCUGUACCGUGCGAGUCAAACCUCCUGGAGGGAAGCCAGAACUGUAUUGACGCUGCCAGUCAAUGUAGGAACCAGGAUUUCUACGGGAGAUGCAGACGUCCCAGACGUUGUGGGAUUUCAUUUGCCAGAAUAGCCAAGCAUUUGUAUCGGGGGAGGUCUGCUGGAGAAGCUCGCACCUCACGCCAACAAUCCGUGAGUGCACCGGUCCGUAUGUCCAGUAUAUCAUAUGUCUGCCGACCUGCAUAGAAACGCUGGUGGCGGAGAUACCUGACUGCUCAACAGAAGAAGCCAACCUCUUGGGUCAACUGGCUGAAAGAGUAGAUCCUUGCUAGAUUCAGUUCAAGCAAUGGCCAUCAAAUCGCCGCAAGGUUUAACGAAAAAUUUCCAACACCGACCAUAGUCCUUAGAUGUUACCUGCACUCAAGAAAACGAAAACAAAAUCCGUGGAAUAAACGCAUUGGACUUUUUAGGUCAUGGAUCCAACUUUCAUUAUAAUUACUUUUCUAUUUAACUAGAAAUAACCCGAACAACUGACAACAUAACAUCUCCUGUAGACAUUUCUUUCUGAAAUUAAUUGAUUGCAUUACACAAACUUGAAGCCUUCAACUACGUUUCUUUCAAUAGGCGUUGUUAUUGUACCCUGCUUGUUCCUGUUGGUAUUUACUAAUUGUGUUUAAUAAAGUCAUUAUUACUCAUCACA